CGGAGGCGCGGGGGGCGAGGGACCCGCGGCUGCGGCUGGUCCGGGAGCAGGCCACGCCGGGGUGCCCGGCCGCCGUGCUGUCCGCGUCGACAUGGUGGCGGCGGUGCCCUUCCGGGACACGGAGGUGCGCCUGUUCAGCAGCCACCUGGCCAGGCUGCCGCCCGUGCGGACGCGGGGGAAGGGCCUGGAGGCGCUGGCCGUCGCCCCUGAGGGGGGGCACCUGGCCGUGGGGGCGGCCGACGGCCAGGUGAGCCUGUAUUCCGUCGACGACCCCGAGCAGAUGCCCCAGAAGCUGCACCGCGCCGCGCCGCCGCGGGCCGGCGGCGCGGCCGACGCCCCGGCCUUCGUGGGCCUGCACUUCUUCCUGUCGGCGCACCAGCUCGCCGUUUGCUGCGCCGGCGCGGAGCUGGGCGCGGCGCUGCUGGACGCCGAGGCGCGGGGCGGCGUCGUGGCGGCGCUGCGGCCCGCCGACGUGGGCAUGGGCGGCCUCGUGGCCUGCGCGCCACUGGGCGCCGACGGCGCCCCGGCGCUGCUGCUGGUGGACGGGUCCGGGCGCGCGCGCGUUUGGGACACGCGGCUGGCGAGGCCCGCGCUGGCCCUGGACCUCGGGGACGGCGGGGCCGCCCGCUUCAGCGCCGCCGCGGCCGACCCCGCGCGCUGGGCGGUGGCCGCGGCCGCGGGUGGGGCGCUGCACUGGAGCGACCUGCGGGCGCGCAGGCAGCUGCGGCUGCCCACCUGCGAGGGGGCCGCCGCGGGCUGCGCUGGCAGCGUGCCGUGCCUCGCCUUCGGGCCGCGCGGGGCGCUGCUGGCGAGCUGGGCGGUGACAGAGGAGUCGUCGCAGCAGGCGAGGCCCUUCGCGUGCGUGUUCUCCGGCGGCGGGGCCCCGUCGCAGGUGGCGCAGGGCGGGGCGCUGUCGAUGCCGCUGGCGAGCUGCCGGAUGCCGGGGGGCGGGCCCCUCCUGCUGAGCCUGGCCAGGCCCGCCCGGCGCGGCUGGGAGUUCAGCCUCUGCGCCGUCGGCGUGCCCUCGGCCGCCGUGCUGCCGGCGGCCGCCGCGCCGCCGAAGGACCCCCGCGGGCGGCGGCGCGCCGAGACGCGGCAGCGCGCCGGUGCGCCGGUGCUCUGGCCGGGGGCUGCCGAGGGAGACGGCGCGGCGCCGGAAGCCAAGGUGUCGGAUGUCUGGGGCAAACCGGCCCAAGUGCGGCCCGACCGACCAGUGGCAAUCUUUGACCCCUCCAGGGGGUAG